CGUUAACCUAGUGCGCAAAGAUUUCUACAUACCAAGAGUGCGUACAGUCUGCGAUCAGGUGCGCCGGAACUGCCAGUUGUGCAAGAUUCGCGGUGCAAUACCUGCACCACCUGCAAUGGGACCUCUUCCAAAAUCACGAGUGGCAGUCUUUGUACGCCCGUUCUCGUAUGUGGGUGUAGAUUUCUUCGGACCGUUCCUUGUCCUCGUCGGUCGGCAUCACGAGAAGCGCUGGGGUGUGAUUGUUACAUGUUUAACAACGCGGGCGAUACAUCUGGAACUGGCCGCUUCGUUGGACACUAGUUCUUGUAUCAUGGCUCUGAGGAACUGCUUCGCACGUCGUGGUACUCCCAUAGAAAUCAGGAGCGACCGGGGAACAAAUUUCGUCGGUGCGGAUAAAGAAUUGAAAGUUGCGGUGGCGGAGUUGGACCGAGACAAGUUAUUGACUGAAUUCACCACACCAACAACAUCAUGGCGAUUCAACCCUCCUGCGUCGCCGCAUAUGGGUGGCUGCUGGGAGCGUCUCAUCCAGUCGGUGAAAAAGGUCUUGGCCAGCGUUAAACCACAGCGAGUGCCUACAGAAGAGGUACUAAGAAGUUACUUGAUUCAAGUAGAGAAUGUCGUCAAUAGUAGACCACUGACGCACGUACCCGUGGACGAUUACUCCUCGCCGGCGCUUACCCCAAACCAUUUCUUGAUGGGGUCACCGGACGGAUCGAAGCCGCUUGUUCCGUACAAUGAUUGUCCGUUAACACUUCAAAGAUCGUGGAAAGCAUCGGAAGCUUUGGCGAACCGAUUCUGGCAACGGUGGGUGAUAGAAUAUUUACCCACAAUCACUCGUCGUACCAAGUGGUUCUACCCGGUUAAGCCAAUCGCGAUAGGCGACAUAGUCGUAGUAGCUGAUCCCAGUCUGCCAAGGAACAGUUGGCCCAAAGGACGUGUGGUGUCGGUGAAGGCCUCCAAAGAUGGACAAGUUCGCUCGGCGGUUGUCCAAACUCCAUCUGGACUGUACGACAGGCCUGCAGUGAAAAUAGCUGUGCUGGAUGUAGGUGCAGACGGAAGUAAGGCAGACCAGGGUCCAAUUACUGCGGGGGACUGUUGCGUACACCAUACGGGCAACGCCGCACCUACUCCGGAGACUCAUUGAUUAGCAGUCCUGUCCCCCGAUGGAUUUGCGUUGUUGUAGUUAAGUUGGUUGCGGUGCGAUGAUGGGACAGAUAACUGUCAUUGACGUCGUCGGAUGACGGGUGCAAUUAAACAAUUGAAGACCAACCGCACGUGAAAGUUUUCCUGCAUUAUUAAUACUAAAUAUAAUAACUAAGUGAAUAACUAAACUUUAUAUAAUUUAAAGCUUAUUCUAAGUUUAUACGGUAAGAGCGCUUCAUAAAUUUAAUAUGAAAAACAUGAACUUAAAACUAAAAGAUUUACAGGAUAACUUAUAGGAUACCGAUCAAUUUUGCAAAGCUGCAAACUAUCUAAUUAUUGGUUAUGUCUACAUUAUCUCGAGAACACAAAUAAGUAAACCAGAAGUCGCACAGAGAUC